UCUUUGUAUACCUUUUAGCAUAAUAGUAAAACAGAUUGUAGUCUAUGGAGUGAGUGGUGUUAUAUUUGUCAAUUUCAUGACGGGAAAAUCGUAAAUGUGUGAAAUUUGGGAUUAUUCCAUUGAGCAUAAGGAUAUUUAUGUGAAUAAAUAUUCGGCCUGCUUAGACAUGGAUCUAUACAUAACAGAUUCACUCCAAGACAUGCUGGACAUGGAUAUUAAGAAUGAAAUAGCAACAGAUUUAAGCAGCAUCACAGAUUUUCCUGAUUCUCUAGGAUUAAACUUCUCAGAACUACCACCGUUGUUAGACAUGGACACCGACAAUUCAGUAACAUGGCUCAACAACUCCUCUAGUUUCGUUCAUAAUUUAGAUUUAUAUGGUUCGGAGGCGAACGCUGUGAUGGUCAAUCCGAACUCUGUGAUGCCUUCUACAUUCGCGGAGACACCAGUCAAGAACAUCGUCAAAGAAGAAGCAUCAAACCUCCUGCUGACAUCGGCGGCGAGCAGCGAGACGAACAGCAACGCGUUACUUGCGAGCCCUAAAGAAGAAAAAAGUCAUCUAACCUUCUCACCCAACACAAUUAAAGUAACCAAAGUACAAGAGGUCGAGGAAACGAAAAGCAAACCUUUAGAAGAAGCUACACAAAUGUUGAUAUACAUACGGAAACAAGAUAAGAAUGUUGUCAAAGAUUUACUUAAAGAUUUAGACGUCGAUAGCACUAAGAAUAAAAUAUCAACGAUCAGCUCACCUACGACGGUGCGCAUAAAGACGUCGCAACCAGAACUGAUAAAACUGAACAGCAAGAACUGUUCAAUAUUAAAUACUAGUCAAAAAAAGUCGCAGCACAUCGGCGCUAAAACAAUAAUAUCCGGAAAUAUACAUAUACUUGAUGCACAGCAAUCUAGGACAAUUCUCGCGAACAGUAAUAAAAAUCAAGCGACCAUCUUGAUAGAUAAUUCUUCAUUAGGAAACAGUAGACAAAUUAUAAAGACGUCUGUAAACGGUUCGUUCAAAGUUGACAACAGUCAAGCUAAGCUUUUAAAUAGUAACGGCAAAGCUACAGUGGGAGAAUUUCCGAAGCCCGCUUACUCCUAUUCUUGUUUAAUAGCUAUGGCUCUGAAGAAUUCGCGAACAGGAAGCUUGCCAGUCUCGGAAAUUUAUAAUUUCAUGUGUCAACAUUUCCCAUAUUUCAAAACUGCGCCAAGUGGAUGGAAGAAUUCUGUGCGACACAAUCUCAGUUUGAAUAAGUGUUUUGAAAAAAUUGAAAAGCCUUCAACUAAUGGAAGUCAAAGAAAAGGUUGUUUAUGGGCUAUGAAUCCAUCGAAAGUUGGAAAAAUGGACGAAGAGGUUUUGAAAUGGUCAAGAAAAGAUCCGCAAGCUAUUAAAAACGCUAUGGUUUAUCCAGAUAGUCUAGAAGCUUUAGAGCGCGGCGAGAUGAAGUACAGCGGGUUCGCGAGCGACACUGAGGCGGAGGAUGACGUGGACCCCGACGCAGACGUCGAGCUGGACGCGGACCUCGAGAUAGACCCCGAGGUCAAAGACGAAGUCGAAGAGGAGGAGACCAUCAUUGAACAAGAGGCAUCUGACCAAGAGUUGGAAGUAGAGGAGGUGGUGGCAGGCACAGGCAUGGUGGGUGGCACAUACCGCUUGCUGGCCACCGGGCCUUCCUCUCUCGCAUCAUACAUCACCGAUGUAGACUCCAGCGAUGAAGUCAGUGACAUUGAAGUAUUGGACCAGUCCUACGAAGAAUUCGAUAUAGAUGUGUCGAAACCAGUGAAACUCGACCUCUCCAUGACGGAAGAUUACUCAAUACAUACAGCUAAGAGGGCAAAGACGAAUUACAUCUAUCAACCGGUGUCUACCACCACACAUACGAGCAGACGGAAAACUCCGCUUGUGAAUCGAGUAGCUCUCAUCUAAACACGAGCGAUGUCAGAUGCAAUACUAGUGCAGGAAGUCAAUGUUAUAGUGCAUACAGUGAACAUUAACUCUUUUAUUCUUAAACUCGAGUGAAGUAGUUAUCUAGACGUGAGUGUGUGUGACUGUGUUGAAGAAAAAAGUGAUAGUCUGUACCAGAUAAGUGUAUUUACCAUGUUUUUACAUGCCAAACACUUGUUACAUAUCGUUCACUGUAAAAUAAGUGUAUUAUUUAAGUUAGGCAUGUACUUCACUCUCACAGUCGAGUACAAGAUAGUUUCCGUUUAGUUUUUAGUUGGUUGUUUUUCUUUCAGCCAUACACUGUCAGUACAAAUGUAUCGCUGCUGACUUCACACAUUUAUGUCGAAGAAUGUUCCAGAAGGAAUUUAAUUUUUUUUUAUACAAAAUAGUAUGGAUAAUGGUUGUGUUUAAUCUCUUUUGAAAUGGAGAUAUGACAUAUAAUGUCUGUAUUCAGCGGCAAACGGCAGAGCGGGUAUGUUUAUGAAAUCCCACCGCUUGUAUAUAUACAUAUAUGUAUUACACACAUGCUUUUUAUAUAUUACACUGGCAGCUACCUAAAGAAUCUCUUUGCAAAUUUCUAAACAUUACAAUUAAUGCAAAUUAUAAAUAAUCUUUAGU